GCUGAUUUGAGCCUCUUGCAUUAGUUGCAUCUUUUCUAAAUUGUCUUUGGCCGAACCAAAUAUGGUAUUCUCCUUUGAAGCAUUAGCAGGGCCCGUCCUGCAAAUUUGUGGGCCCAUUGGCGAUAUAACAUGUAUACCUCUGAAAUUCUAUAUGAGAAUCCGAUUUGGGAUAUCUUCUUUUUGCUGAUAUGUGUAAUUCCCUGCUUCUGCUCACAACUAACCCUUGCAAUUUAUACCUUAGUUCAACAAUUUUAUAGUUAAGCUAUCUGUAUACAAAUUAAUUGUUGCUAUGUAUUUGGCUUGUUUAUGUUAAGCUAUGUGGUUAUGGAGGAGCCAGAUAGAAUAAGUGAACUCCCUGCAGAUAUGCUCGACAAGAUUAUGGGAUUAUUGUGAAUUAGAGAAGCAGCUACAUGUGCAGUCUUAUCCACUAUUUGGAGAGAUGCUUGGUACAAUCUUACGGAACUUGAUUUUGACGAUGUCUUCCAUCAUAACAUUUACUCGGAUUAUGACGAUGACCCAGCCACUUGGCUUGAUAUCAUCGACGAGUACCUCAAGAAGCACACUGGAAGCAUUAAAAAAUUUGGCAUUUAUUUUAGUCUCCAAGUAUAUCAACGGGAAUUUGAUAAGUUGUUCCUUUCUGUGACGAAGAAAGGUGUUCAAGAACUCUACAUUAAGAUAUAUAGCGAUGAUCCUAUCAAAUACAGGUUGCCUGCUUGCAUAUUUAGAUGCCCUACACUAAAGAUUGUGCAAGCUUGUGGUGUCAAAAUUGACCCGAUAAAGGCCCGCUGCAUAUUUCCAAAUGUUACUUCUUUUUGUUUUAGUUAUGUUGACUUCAGCCCUAGGAGUCCUCAACUUCACGCUACUGAUGUUCCAAGGCUCCAAAAAUUGAUAUUUAGAGGAUGUAAAGACAUCGCUCAUUUCAACAUCACUGCUCCGAAACUUGGAAGUUUAUCAAUCAAAGGAUGUUACAUUGGCCGUGAUCGUGACAAUGACAAUGACCACCAAACUGAUAGUGAUGACGAUGAUUACUACCAUGAAGAUGAUGACUACCGCUACAGAAAUGAUUAUAUAAAUGAAUUCAAAAAGAGACUAUUUGAACUCCUUGUGUCCGAAGAAGAGGACGAUGAUGAUGAAUGGGAUUACAAUGACAAUAGUGAUAGUGGAUGUGAUGAUAGCGAUAUGUUUUGCUAUGACCCUCUCAAUGGAGAAGUCAAACCGAGUGGUUUUCUCCCAGCGAACAUGGAUUUGGGAUCUAUUUGUGCACUUCAUUUGUGUUGUGAUGGUAUUGGGGCAUGUGUUCUAAGCCCAUAAGUUUCACACAGAUUGUUCUUUUAAUUAAAAUGUUUAUAGCAAAUGAUCCAAUUUUCAUUGUAUUGUUUUGCAAGGCUGUUGUUGAUGACUUUAGAAUGAGACUUCAAAUGCCAACUUUAGACGUGAAAUACUUAAACCUCUCCGGUGACUAUUCUCCUGAUUCAGAUAGUAACUCCAAGUUUGUGAGUUUGCUGCGAUGUUGCCCAAAAUUAUGCAAACUUGAGAUAUGUUUUCGGCUUCGUGAGCCAGACUCCCCUGAUUGUAGUGAGAGUGUUUCCGAUCUUUUGGAAGGACAUCUCAAUCUACAUUACAGACACAAUGCCCUUCAAACUUUAAAGCUCAACUUAUUCUCAGGGUCCUAAUCUGAAGUGCAAUUUAUAAUGUGACUCAUAGCUUGCUUCCCAACAUGUAAGAAGGUGUUUAUUUUAUGUCGCAAAAGGUUCCAGUCCAGGGAGAAAGCAGACAUGAAGGAGGCUAUUUUGAGUUCUAGUCGUGCCUCAUCAACAGCAAACGUUUAUUUUAAGUGAUAAGCCUCUUGGUUUUAUCCAUCUCGUAAAACCGUUAUGACUCAUGAUAUGUAAUGGAAAGAAGCUGAUUUCUUCUGCUCUGAAGCAGCAAGGCACUUCAAUAUAUAUAUAUAGGUAAGAGAUCAAAUACAAACCAUGCUUAAAAUACUAACCUACAAACUCAAUAAUAUGCAACACUUUGAACUUCAAUAUGCAGUAAAAAUAAUGUAAAGAUGCAC